AUGAACGACUCCAUCAAGACUACUGUGCCGUCCCUAAGUGGGACACAGAGGCCGCAGAGCCAAUCUGGAUCUUACGGGCCUCAAGACCGUAUGGCUGCAGAUUUCCUCAAAGAAGCCACAGACCUAUGGACGACGUACUCGUACAUGUCGAGUUCGGAAGACGCGACAGAUAAAGAACUGAAUGAAAUAUUCAGAAAGUUCGAUUACAAUUAUACCAAGGGAAUUCGUCACAAACAGCUUGAGGAAGGGUCCGUCGAUACCUCGGGUCCUCUUACAGUCUACGCUAAAGCGGACUAUCGCUUGAAGGCUCGACGGAUCUUCCAUGCCUACAGGCUUGAAUCCCCGCCUCCGCCCAUAUUCGAACCCAAUGCCGGUUUGAAUUUACUGUCCGCUCAGCUUUGGCAAUACGCCGAAUACUUCGAAAGGUACUUGCUGGAGGACGACGAGAAGUGUAAAAAUCGAUUGAUGGAGGCUAUUCUGAGCGUCCCCGACGAGAAACUCUCAAUCUCGCCCUCAAUCUCGCCGGAAGUCUUCAUAGAGUUGCUGGAUCUCUUAGAGGCGAAUGAAAUUCACGCAGGAGAUCCCAAGGAGAAGGAGGAGAAGGAGGAGAAGGAGGAGAAGACGCUGCCGGAAGGCGAAGCAUGA